GGACGGGGAAGAGGAGGUGGCCUGAGCAGCCCCUUGGGAAACUGGAGGCCACAGCACAUACAAGACAUGAAUACCUGAGCAUUACUAGUGGAAUUUCAUUACUAGAAGACUCUGCAAGAAUGAACGUGCCUACCUACGGGUAUUUAACUUCACACUUUUGAUGGCUUGGACUAAAGAUGUCCCCGCAGGGGCUCAUGUGUUCAGAGGGAAGACUUGUUUAUAAGAAAAAUGGGAGGAAGAGGAAUAACAGUCAAAGGAUGUCAUGCAACCCUCACAGGAAUCUGGAAUGUGCGCCAUUCAGUGUGACAACCGACCUAGCUUCUUCAAUUUGGAAGCUUUUGAUGGGCUGAAAUGAAGUUCUGAUUUCCAUUCUUUACUAAGCAAAGAUGAGCUAAUCUAAAAAGAACUUCAGGCUUCUUCCAAACUCCGCCUUGAAACAGACAACAGAGGCCAGAACAGCAUCACGGUGAUGAUGGUUUGAAACGCUAUGGCUGGGGCCACAUCAGGACCAGAGUUCUGAUCAAGCAGGAAAAAAGAAAGCAAAAGGAAUACUUUGAAAGGAAUCGGUUAAAAUCAAAAAUGAAAUUACUGGGAGCUUUGUCUCCUGUCAAAAAUUCCACAGUCAGUUUAGACCUGCUUAACCUUUAUAUAGUAAAUCAGAUAUCUUGUAAGAAGAAAGCACCUGAAAUUGUGAAGAAACCAAUCCAUGUGAACAUGAAUAGAGACAUAAAAAUGCCUCUAAGACAAUUUGAGUUAGAACUUCCAAUGUCACCUCAGUAUAUUCCUUCUAAACUCUGCCUUGAUGAUACAGAAAACAAUAAUAUACAUUGUCAAGAACUAGGUAACAAGGAAGGAUGUGGCCCAGUUCAGUCAUCACAAAUUAUGGACUCAUAUAGUGUGUUUGAACCUCAGUUCGGCAGAACAGAAAACUGCAGUUUUACUCCACCAUCUUUUUCAACAGAAUUAUCUCCUGAUCGACAUAUUCCAAAACAGAAUUUCACUCCCACAGCAGUGCCUUGUCCUCUGAAGGUUGCAUUUGGAAAAAAGCAAAAUGACCAGCUCAAUAAUGUUAAGUGUUCUGAUUCCUUAAUUUCCAAAUUAAGUGAAUGUCAAGAUGGUCUCAAUUCGCCGUAUGAAGUAGCAAAAUUUGGAGCAUUAUUUGAAGAGUUAAACAAUCCAGGAAAUGGGAAUUUCCUUACAACAAGGCCUGGUAUAUCUUUGGAUGAAGAUUGGAAAAGCACGAAUGAAAGACAGGCAGACCUCAUUUUUGGAAAACAAGCAGCACAACCUAUCUGGGGAGAAAAUGGAAAAGAAAUUUCAGAUUUCCUUAAAGAUGUGAACCAGCCAACUCCGAGUAUUCUGCCAGAGAAUGGUGGCUCUUUUGUUGGCCCGAACAUGAUCGAUUUGUUAAGUAUAGACCAACAGAUGAUGCAGAAAACUUUUGACAAGCGUGGUUGUGAUAGUUUGGGAAAGGCUUGUUUAGUUGUGAAUUCUGAUGAAAACCAUUCCACUGAUUUACGCGUUCGGAGCAGUUUUACAGUUCCAGAGUCAACUUUUAGUGAUUCUGCUUUUCAUAAAACAAGUGGUCCAGAAAAAUGUCAGCCAGUCAAGAGCUAUCAGAAAGAGCACAACAGUAAUGAAAUACGUGAUCUCAGUAUUGUUUUUGAAGAUUGUUAUCCAGCUAGUUAUGAAAAACAAGGAAAAAAUAAAAAUGAUUACCAAGAGAAGAUGCCACAGAAAAAUAACCAGGAAGAUCCAGUGAACUCGGUGUGCACUAGCCCUUUGGAAGAACUGCACCCUACCCAGGCAGGGCCCUUUGGACUUGCUGAGAUUAUGAAAGAAGGAACAUGUUCUUUAAAAGGCGGGCCAGUAUCUAAGAAAAUCUGCCAGGAUCUCGAUUCUUCCCAGGGCAGUCAGUGCUCCAGUUACUCUCCCAGGCCAACGGAGAGCUGUUUUAGUUCCAGUUCGGAGAUGCCAUCUGAAGAUGAAGACCAAAUACUGCAACAAACUGGAGACUCACAUAAGAUAUCCACCCAAACCACAGAAACAAGUAAUGAUUUUUAUCUAGAAAGGACCGUGGAACUUUCUGAUAAUAGGAUUGUUAGCAACAACGCCACAUUUCACAACCAAAAUGAGAAAUUUUAUCAGCAUUCAAUAAAAAAUAAUGCAGAUCAGUUUCCACAGUCCCAGUGCAAUUUAGCACACGCAGUGGAAAACAAAACCAGUAGCUGCAUUGUGCAGGUUGUGAAACGUGACACAGGGGUGCAGACAGAGACAGAAGCUGCGACGGAAGGAAAAUCAGAUGCUGCCGUACAGUGUGAUAUACGUUCGGCAUGUGCGUGUGGAAGGGCUGUGUCUUCCCCCCGCAGUGUUGAAAGGUGCGCUCAGAGUAUUGCGGCAGAUACCACUGGAGGGCAGGGCAUCCUCACAGACAGCUAAUACUCCUGUUCUACGGUCUCAACCUAAGAGGCAGCGUUUCUCUUGAAAGCAAGAGUACGUGUACUGAACUCCCUGCUGUGCAACAAGGAAUGAGAAAAUGUAGCUAACCAAUGUACGUAAGCAAUGUGUUACGUACAUGUACCUACCCCUCAGUGAAAGUUUUCAGGGUAUAUAUUUCGGUUCUUUGUAAGGCAUUGUAGUAUUUAUGCAUUUAAUUUUUACAUGGGCAUUUCUUUAAUGGCUUUCGUGUACCUAAGUUUUCAGAGAGUUAUACUUUAAAUUUCUAGAAAUUAUACUGUAAAUGUAUUAUCAUUCUCAUGUUUAUUCCUCACUACAUUGUAAUGAUAUGCUGUUGUUUCUGGAUUAAAAUAUGCUUCAUUA